UUUAUUAUUAUUAAAAUAAAAAAUCUUGCCACAUUUGCACUCAAAACAUAACAUACACAUUGGUGGUGUCACAAAUUGUAAAAUUGUGAAAAAAAAUAAUCUGCAAUCAAAUUCAACCGAUUCGAUGUAUCAUCGAUGAUAUAUCGUUGAUCGUGGACAGAAUUUAUUCUAACUAAAUUUUUUUUUUAUAUAGUCAUCAAAAUAAAAAAACGAAACGAUCCUAUAUGAUUAAAAUGAAUAAAAAUCUGGUCAUCAUUAGUGUUCUGUUCACUAUAAUGGCCAUAAAUUGUCCAUUUGGUCAUUCAAUACGAUUUCUUCUGCAACCGAAUACAAAAAGAUGUCUAAAAGAAGAGAUGCGUAAAGAUGUUCUGGUUACUGGUAAUUAUUCACUAGGUGAUUCACCUGGUGUUCGAACCGAUUUAAUUAUAACCGAUACGAAAGGACAUGCCGCUUUUAAUCGUGAAAAUAUUGAUAAAGGAAUAUUCGCUGUUAAUUCGGAUGAAGAUGAUAUAUUUGAUUUUUGUUUCAUAUCAUAUCUACAAGCGGCACAUCAAAUGCCACAAGCACGUGAAGUACAUAUCGAAAUGAAACAUGGUAUUGAAGCAAAAAAUUAUGAUCAAGUUGCAGCCAUCUCGAAAUUGAAACCAUUAGAGCUGGAAUUACAAAAAUUGGAUGAUUUAUCUGCAGCAAUUAUUGGCGAUUUUGAUUAUAUGAAAAAACGUGAACAAGCUAUGCGCGAUACGAAUGAAUCAACAAAUGCUCGAAUAUUCUAUUUGAGCAUAUUUUCAAUGUUAUGUCUUCUUGGUUUAGCUAUCUGGCAAAUUAUUUAUCUACGACAAUUUUUCAAAGCUAAGAAAUUGAUUGAUUAAUACCACUGAACAACUUUCGGAAUUUUUUUUUUGGAUCAUAAUCGAAAUCAAAUGAAAACAACUAUUUUGUAGAUUUGUACAUUUUAUAUUCGAUUUUCAUUGGUAUUUCAUUACAAUACUUAAAAUGGUGAAGAAAAUAAGAAAGAUAGAGAAGAACAUCAAAACAAUAAAAUGUUAAGAAAGUUUUUUUAUAAUUAAAAAAUUUUAAUUGA